ACACCGCAAUCUACACACUACCCUGCAUGUAGUUGAAUCUUUAUAGCCGUAGUCUACUUUCAGAAAGUGCCCCAUUAGGACGUUAGUGUACGGGAAUAUGUCUGAACUUAACCUGAUCGGUGUCGACGUCGGUACGGGAAGUGUCCGAGCUGCCCUGGUUAGUAGUAGUGGAAAAGUGCUAAAGACGUGUGUAAAAUCGACGCAAACCUGGAAUCCACUGCCGAAUCACUAUGAACAAUCUUCGGAUAACAUCUGGAACGCCGUUUGUGUGUGCGUUCGCAAUGUUGCAUCAAUCUGCCCAAAGGAGCACAUCAAAGGCAUUGGUUUCGACGCCACCUGUUCGUUGGUUGUGCUGGACAAGAAUGGGAAUCCAUUGACGGUUAGCACUUCGGGGAGCGAAGAACAGAAUAUCAUACUCUGGAUGGAUCAUCGCGCUCAAUCUGAGACGAAUUUCAUCAAUUCUACGAAGCAUGAACUACUGAACUAUGUUGGCGGGACCGUUUCGUUGGAAAUGGAAUGUCCGAAGCUGUUGUGGCUCAAAAAGAACAUGUUUCAACAGACGUGGAUUAAAGCAGGAGCAUUCUACGAUUUGCCAGAUUUCCUGACCUACAAGGCAACCGGGAACAUAUCGAGGUCAAUCUGUUCCGCCGUAUGUAAGUGGAACUACGAUGCAGUAAAGGCUUCCUGGUCAGAUGAUUUUCUAAAUGAGAUUGGCCUUUCCGAUCUUGCAGAAGACAACUUUCGUCUAAUAGGGCAAAAACUCAACAGUCCAGGCCAUCCAAUUGCCGGUGGUCUGUCUCCGGAAGCGGCCACCGCUAUGGGACUGCUUCCAAAAAUCGCAGUGGCUACGUCGAUGAUUGAUGCGCACGCAGGAGCUCUGGCGUUGCUAGGUGCUCGCAAUCCGAAUAGUAAAAUUUCCGAAUCUCUCACAUCGAAAAUGGCGAUCAUUUGCGGUACUUCAACGUGCCAUAUGAGCCUUACCGAGGCACCAAUCAUGGCACCGGGCAUCUGGGGUCCGUACAAAAAUGCCAUCAUUCCAAAUCUGUACCUCAACGAGGCCGGACAAAGUGCUACGGGAAUCCUGAUGGAUUUCGUUCUUCAGACACAUCCCUCCUAUGGUCAACUACUGGAGCAACAUGGUUCCAAUGGCAAUAUCUAUGCCUUUUUGAAUGAGUUUCUGGUGGACCUUAAACUACAGCGCGGAUUGACGUCGGUGCAUAAACUAACGACUUCACUGCACGUUUGGCCAGAUUUUCACGGCAAUCGAUCACCGUUGGCGGAUCCCACCUUGAAGGGAAUGAUUUCUGGACUUACAAUGACGAAGGAUGUGCAGAACUUGGCGCUCAUAUAUCUUGCUUUGAUGCAAGCACUAGCAUACGGUACCCGUCACAUUCUGGAUGUCCUGGCCCGAUCCGGUCGUGAACCGAUCCGCUCCAUAUUGCUCUGCGGUGGGCUUAGUAAAAAUGGCCUAUUCGUUCAAACGCAUGCCGACAUUUGCUCCAUUCCCGUUCUACUGCCGCACGAAACGGAAGCCGUACUGCUGGGUUCGGCCAUGAUGGGAGCUUGUGCUGCUAGCGUGUACGCAGAUUUAAAAACUGCAGCGAUUGAGAUGGGCGGCACAGCCGAAGUCGUCAAACCGGACAUGAGUGAUGGCAAUCGAGAUUAUCACGAGCGAAAGUAUCGUGUAUUUCUGAAAAUGGUGGACGACCAACAGUCCUAUGAAAAAAUUAUGACCAACUGAGAUUAGCGUCCGCAUUUAUAGGGAUUUCUCACAAAGCAGUGGGCCACUUGAUAGCAUUUUUUGUUUAAGCGUAACAGAAAACCUUUUAUAUACA